UUCUACUGGACGGACGUUCACUGGUACUUUCUUGUUACAAAAUUACGUUAAGUGAUUAGUAGAAUUUUUUUCGCUCAACGUGCGAUAGCGAGGUGUUCAAUGAAGUCAGCGUAAUCGGAUUCGCAAGAAUGUAUUCCAAAAAUAAUCGACGAAGCGAAAGCGGUAUCCAAUAUCUGCAACGGAUGUACGGAGCGGCGAGGAAUAUGGAGCUUAUUCAGCGAUUUUACUUUGCUAUCAUAUCUAAUUAACAUCCUCUUUACUAAAACACAUCGUGUUCGUGGCCUUAGUUUUACGUGUCAAAAACACGCGUAAGCAACACUGAUAUAUAUCAAAUUAAUCCGGCAAGUAGAUGCCACGAUGACGCUAUGACAAACACGAUAGCAACAUCGCAGAGCAACUAAUAUUCUUUCCUAAGAUCCUACAACAGACAGGACGAUGGCAGAAUAUGACCAUCAUUCCAACAACAAACAUCGCCAUCGGAGCGCCGAUUCGCGACAUCGUCAUCGUCUCAAUGCGAAACUCGAUGCCGCGAACUCACCGAUCGAUGUGGAGUCGCAUGUCACGAACGAAACGAGCACAAAUCAUCUAAAUAGAGAGGCCGUAGAUCUUCGAGGAUUUUCAGCUGAAUCUGCAUCGAGAUGCGAAUUCGUGUGUAAAAGACGCCGGACUGAUCAUGACAGCACUGAUGAAUCGAGAACGGAGUGCUCGGCCGUACCUUCGAACAAUCGUACACACGAGUAUCUCUCCGAUUUCAGAACACAACAAUCGUCGUCUAAACAGAGUCGGUUAAACAGAGAAACGCUUCGGUCGAAGCGCGACGAUAGUCGAGAUUCUGCUUCAUUACUAAGCGAAACUCGACACGGUAAACAUCGAGAAAAUAUCUUGACAAAAGGAUCGUUGAGAAACACGCAAGAUUCAGCUACAACACAGUCUAAGAAAAAGAACCACGAUUCUAAGUUAGACCAGGAGGUCGAAAUCUUGCCGUCGAGUGCUACAGCGAACGCUGAUAAAAUUUCUACAAGAGACAUCCCUAAGUGCAGCUCAUUCGAAGGAAAAUCGUUAAGCGACAUUCAAGAGGAAUCGACAGAUUGUAAUAGUUCUGGCGAAGAAAUAAUGAAAAUGAAGCGAAGUGAUGACGCAAACUCGACACGUUCCUCGUUGACAACCGGUUCGUUAGACACGCUUGUAAAGAAUUGUGACUUUGAAACUAAUGACAACAUUUUCUGCAAUAACAAACUCGACUUGUCGAGUGACUCAAGAAUCUCGGGAACAAAAACAUAUUCAGAGGCAGAAGCCGUUGUGAAUAAUAAUGUAGUCACGGCUACUUCGACGCAACACGUACAGAUUUCUCAGAGCACAGACCGGCGUAGAAACACUCUAUCUACACGGGAAAUGAACAUCGACUACAAGACGGGAGUUAAGAGAAAGCUGGCUUCAAAUGAAGAUGACACGUUACUGGAAAAGAUACAGAAAAAGAACCAGACAGAUACCUUGGCAGAUGUAAAUAUGACAAACAGUGAUAUUCAAGUAUCUAGUAAUACUGAAAGAUCGGUCUACGACGAGUCCACCGAGGAUGAGCGAGAUAGCGUUAUUGAAGAUAACGUAAAAGAGCAAUGGACAAUUCAAAGAAGAAAUAAGAGAUACACAAAAAGAAAAAAAGACAUGCGCGCGUUAAGCAAAAUGAAAACGACGAAGACAUUCAAAGGCAUACGAAGCUUAUUUCGCAACUUAUUCGGCGAAAAUAUCACUAAAAGCGAGAGCGAGGAGGAGCGCGCGUUUUUAAAGUCAAAAUCUGUCGUACAAGAAAAAUCCAUCGAUUCGUGCAGUACGGAGGAGAGAGACACGGAGAACGAUGACAUGUCGGUGUAUAAAGACGAUGUUGACGACUCGCGGAAAGACGUAAAGGACAAGAGCCCGGUGAAAAUGGAGCACGAGAUGAAUCCUCUUGUGGCUGAUGAUACAAAAAAUGUUAUCAGCAAAAAUGACAUAUCUGCAGAAGUCUUCGUAGCUAAAACAGAUACGCAGGAAGCUUCAAAGGUAGCUGCAAAAGUAGCUAAAGUAAAUAUGGAGGAAUAUAUAAGUAAGGACGAAAUGCGAGAGUUACUUUUGACUUUACGACAAAACUUGAUGAAUGUGAUAGAAAACAUUUUCAAGAGAGAGGAACAAAAUGACAGAUGGAGUAGCGAAGUCAAGCAAAUAUUGAGGGAGAUUCAGGAAUGUAACACUGAUGAGAGUAACUUCUCGUCCGACAAAGAUGCAAAUGUGCACAAAGACUCGAAUUCAAGCGCGGUUUUAUCAAACUUGUUCUCUAAUAAACUAGUCUCCGACAUCAAAGACAGAGAAAGUAACGAUAAUUGCAAUAUUGUUAAUUUAACAUUAAUGAAGAAUGAUAUUUUUUCGGAAAACACUAACACUAUGACGACUGAUCACGAAUUGAUGUUAGAGAAGGGAAGUGUCCGGGAAGAUGAGACAUGUACUGUCAGAGAAGACUCUUGCGUAGACAACGCUUCUGUAACCCAAUUUACAAACAUUGACAGUAUUCUAUCAUCAAAGGAUAAUACCUCUAGUGCGAGCAAUGUGGUAGUCAAUCGUAGUUUAACACCGACGUCUUUGAAAGAAAGCAGAGACGAGGCAUAUAACGUCAACGAAAAUGUUGGCACGAAUACGUUUGCAGAUCAACCCUCUACAGAUACCAGUAACCCUCAAUCGUUGAGAAAUGACAUUACUGAUAAUGAGGUUCAACUGGAGAUCAAGGUCAAGGCCAAAGCGGGAUUUACGAGUGAGACGUUCACGCUGAAGAUUCCACCGUCCACGAGAGCCAAGUACAAUCUCAACAAUCUUAAAAACAACUUUCGUCGUAUGAUCUUAGAAAUUUCUUCCGAAAUAACUGCGAGUGCGAAUGCAAACAGGACGGAGAAAGACGAUGCAUCGGAAGGAGCAUUGAAUACUAAUCAAGUUACUACUACCAAGAAUAUCGAGACAAUGUCGAGCAUUCAACAAGUCUCAUAUGAUUCUAAUCAUGCUACUCAAACCAGUAUUAAUCGCCCUCUGCAACAAGAGGAUUUUCAGGAUGAUUUGCGAUCAAUCAACGACAGGGAAAAUGUGAUGGAGCGCAAUGAAGCGGGAAAUGAUCAGUGCGUGCAGUCCGUGGAGCGAGAGAGCUUAUUACAGACAGCGUCGAUUUCAGCGAAGAAUAGCACUGAAUCGAGUACUUCUGUAUGCAGCGUGCCUGAUCUAAAAACAUUACCACCAAAGAGCUCUCUGAGUGAAUCAAAAAAGCAUAACGAAGAGAUCUUGAAAGAAUGCCUCACUGCAAAAACGCAAUCUGGCUGGAGCACUCCGACAUCCGUAAAUCUUACUGUAGCAGGCACAUCGGAUACCGCAAACUCAGUUACCACCGUCGCAUCUCCUCGAGUGUCCCAAGGAUUUCUGCUAACGAAUACAAGUUUCAUUACCACGAGCGUUGCUACGAGUUUUUCAACCACCACGUGUACAUCAACUGGAAAUUUGUACGGUCAGCACAAGUCGAAUGAAGAGAUUCAAUUGAUUAGCAGUAUCGGUAAUCUUAUCAUGUCUUGUCGUGGAUUGUUUCAUAAUAAUAUUAACAAUCAGUUAAAUUUAACUCCCGACAUGAUAGCAAUCACAAUAGCGUUGUACAAUAACAUGAUGAAGUUGAAAACUUUCCUGACUAUGAAUAAUAUGUAUAAAUAUGAUACCAUCAAUUACGCAGUGCACAGACUCAACUUCAGUAUGUUACAAAAUUGUCCGACGUCAGUUGAAGAAAUUAACAAAAUAUUCAAUUUGUCCAAUAUCAGAGACAAUCGGUCGCUAGUAGUUGCGAGUGGGACGAAUACGAUGGCGAGUACUAGCGCACAGAAGUCUUCACAGUCACAGAAGUCUCAAAGUGUUCAAAGUAGAUCGAUCACAGGCGGAGAGAUACCAGAUAUCAGAACACAAGUAACAAGAAAUACGACUUCACAUAUGGGGUACCCAAAUCAAGCGACAGGAACAGCUGUCAACGAACAACGAUUCGAAAACAGUAUGAAUAAUGCUACAAGUAUGCUGCAGCAAAGGCAGAAAAGUACUGUAAAUUCCAGCCAACGCCAAUCUUCGAGUAACAUGGACUAUAUGCAAACAUCGCAACUAAAUCCGAACAUUACUAUUAACUUAUCACGACUCGCGGAUAACACGAAUAUUCUACGUAUCCCGCAAACGAACUCGCCAUCCACCAGUAUCAAUCGGCAACGAUCCUCAGAUAAUACAAAUAAUAUUCUCCGUAUGCAGCAGCCAGGUGCAUCGAUGGAAAAUGUUGAGCGACAACAAUCAUCGAAUAGUACAAAUAAUAUGUCGCAGCCAAGUCAGAUAACGACAAAUAUGGAACAACAACAAUUAUCGGCUGGUACAAGUAAUGUCUCACAUAUACAGCAACUAAGUCUAGUGACAGGAAAUAUCGGGCAACCACGAUCAUCAGCAAAUAUCAAUAAUAUUCCAUGUAUACCGCAGCCAAGUCCAGCGACAGUAAAUGUCAGACGACAAUCAUCGGAUAAUAUGAACAAUAUUCUGCAUAUGCCGCUGUCAAUUCCAUUGACAACGGCAAAUAUAAAACGAUUAUCGGCUAAUACAAGCGAUAUUCUACGUGUGCCUAGAUCGAGUCCAGCGAUGGGAAAUAUUGAGCAACGACAAUCCUCGGCUAAUAUAAAAAAUAUUCAAUUUGUACCGAACAGUGACUUGAAUAAUACUGCAACUGCACUGGGAUUUAUACCGUCGGGUUCAACGACGACGAGCAUCAGCCAGCAACAAUUUCUGAUAAAUAAUCCUCACAUAACAUCACAUAUAUUAAAUGCAAGGCAGCACGCAAUGAUGGAAAAGUACCAGCAACUCGACAGACUUGGAUUUCAACCCUCGGGAAACGUAAGUAACGUUCCACAUGUGCCACAUUUGUCCUUACCGGUAUUGAAUAGUAAUCAAACAUCACAAAGUACGAAUGUCGCGGUGCACAGCUCACGUGAGCCGCUGAGAGAGAAGUUAAGCGUCAGCAACCAGCAACAAUUUUAUCCCGGAUAUCCGGAAUAUCCCAAUUUCCAUAUGUCACUACCAGGCACAGAAAACGUCAGUCCCCAUCCAUCCUACGCUAACCUAAGAAACCCAAUCUCACUGCCUACAAGUACGAUUACAAGUGACAAUGUCAGACAAGAACAAGGACUAUGGAUGGCAUCCUUGAGAAACAACAGCAAAGCAACAGCAUUCAUUCCGAACGCGCAGCAACAAGCGAACUUUCAACAACAAUCGAAUGGAUCAACUCCCAUAACUCAGAACACCAUGCCGAACUACACUGUGGCCCUCACCGCACCGCAUUUACUACGAAAUCAUUUCAUAAACUCACAGGCGCAAAUCCGCCAAUCUUAUCGAAUACCAUCUCCGCAAUAUAAUAUACAUGCUUACUCCGUUUUGAACAAUCAACCACAGUCUCAUAUAACCGGCUUAAAUCCGUUGCAAAUAAGCGCAACAAAAGCCACGUAUCAACGUAUGAAUGUCGAUCAGCAAUCGCGUGUCACUAUGUACGAUGCUACGGCAAAAUAUUUGAACGUUGCACCAGCAUCAAUUGCCAUGCAGCAGACCUCGCAGAAGACAAGAUCCUUACGACAGAACGACUUUCUCGCAAAUGUAAUUUCUACAGUGUCGUCCAAUCCGUUAACUAAUAUACCAUCAAACACGCAGCAAUCCCUGAGCAACGUGAAAACGCAGAAACGAAAAUACACCCAUAAAUCGAAAACGGCCAAAACACUGACUACGCGCUCGGAACUUACGCGCCAAGAAAUUCUGAAGAAUCCAGUUUUUUUCGGAAGAAACAUCCCGCAAAAUUCUACAACCGACGCGGGAGUACUUGUAGCAUCGUUGGAUGUCUCGCAGAAGAAGGCGACUUCGUCGAGUCAUACGAAAGAAACGUCCUCGGCGAGAAGCAGCAUGCAAGUUGCGCAAAACGUGUUGAUGAAACGUGUGAACGAGUCCGCGCAGACGAGCGCGUCGCAGGAGAACCCCGCGACGAAGUCAUUCUCGCAAAAGCGGAAAGUAGAAACGACUGUCGUCACCGAGGACACCUCCAAUCUUCGCACCCUCUUAUCUAAUAUCUCAGAAAAUCGGUCUAAUCUCUCUAGUAAUCCGUCUAACAGCGAGAUGCAGAAUACAGCGCAAUCUACACCGACCGCGCAAGGAUUGUCGCAAUCGGCGGCGCAUAUCAACUUAAAUGUUUUCACGGAUAUUCAGAAAUUAAUAAUUCAGAGUCAUUUGGAUACGUACUUCCAAAUGUCUUUGACGACACUCUUGCACAUAUUUACAAAGCAGCAACUCGAGGCGUGGAAAUCGGACAGAAGCUUGCUGCAUUGCUUUCACGACUCUCUGAGCAAGUACUUAAGCAAGCUCGUUCUUGAAAAACAAGCUACCGAAUUGACGCGAGAAGACGAAGCACAGUCGCUCCUCCCUUGCCGGGAACAAAAGGAAUCUGCGGGACAACAGAAGAUGACAGAGUUGAGGCGCGAUAAGAGACUAGAGAAGACGAUACAGUGUCUGAGAGACGAUACCAAGUCGAACGCUUCGAAGUCAACGCCGGAGGACUUGUCGACGAGACCGCAAAACGAAGAGUCGCUCGGAACGUCAAAUUUGUCGAAAUCCGCGACAACGGAGACAUCAUCUUCCGGACUCGUAGAGUCGCCACAGCGGGAUGAAGACACGUCGACAUUGUGCCCGGCACCAUUGCUCGAAAAAUCAAACGUGCCGCGAGAGGAUCCGUCGCGCGAAGACUCGACAACGGAAACGCGAGAUGGCGCGGCGGAGCCCGACGGAACUGCAGAGUCGGUAAAACAGGAACCUGCUGAACAGCCGUCGAUAGAUACAGAGAUAAAACAGAACCCUACUGACGAAUGCAAGGAAAAGCCCGGUUCAAAUGUGCGGCAAGAGCAGAGUGAUAGAAUUUCUGUGAAAAAAUGUGAACCGGUCAACGUAAUACAGCAUGAAACUGAGAAAUUAAAAAAUCUGUCGGAAGAUGUUAUAGAAAUAAACUCGAUUGAAUCUGUUGAACAGCCGUCAAUAGAUACAGAGAUAAAACAGAACUCUACUGACGAAUGCAAGGAAAAGCCCGGUUCAAAUGUGCGGCAAGAGCAGAGUGAUAGAAUUUCUGUGAAAAAAUGUGAACCGGUCAACGUAAUACAGCAUGAAACUGAGAAAUUAAAAAAUCUGUCGGAAGAUGUUAUAGAAAUAAACCCGAUUGACUUGUGCCAAAGUCCACCGGAUGCCAAAGCGCACCAUUACGAGAUAGUAAACGAACAAUUGAUGCCAAAGGAGAAGAAAGUCUUGGAAAUAUCUCAAGAUUUCGAAACUUCGGAACGGGUAUGGUAUAUGGAAAAGUGUGGUCAAUGGAGAGAUACGCAAUCGAUCGAUACGCUAUCGGAGGAUGAGGAAAAAGGGACGGCAUUUAUUGACAUUAAGCUUGAAACAAAUAACGAACAACUUGAUCACUCGUCGGAGACAAGACAUCGCGAGGAACCGCAAGCUUUCCUCAUAAAGAACGAAGGAAUCAGCGACGCAGAUACAUAUGAGAAAGACAUCAUCAUCAAAGACGAUAUUCUUGUAGAGAAUGAUGUCGUUGCAUAUAAUUUCACAGAACUCGAAGAUGAAACCUUGAAACUGAAUAUCAUCAAUAUCUGCAAUAUAUCGUCGACUUUAUUCGAGAAGAUGGAUUCCAAUACGUUUUUGUCCCAGGACGACCAACUGCAUAUACUCGGCGAGGGAGAGGAUACAGAAUCGGCGAGGGAAUCAUCCAAUUCAAACAAUAAUUCGGAAAUCGUAAACGAGGAAGACGUACCAUGUUUACGUUGCAAACGUAACAGUACUGUGUGCUGCGAGAAUUGUUUGGCAGCUUAUUAUUGCUCCGAGCGUUGCUCGAAACUGCACUGGUAUUCAAGUCACCAUAAGCACUGUAAGCCGUACAAUCAGAAUUUACCUGAUUAAUUUGCCUAAUUGAUGACUUAUGAUUGAUCCAAAGAGCAUCUCAGCUCACAUUCUAAAGCAGUAUUUCUUUUAUUUGUAUAUUAUAAUUAAUACUUUGUUGUUGUUUAUAUUUAGUAUAUUAAAAUUUAUAUUUACUUUCUUCCUUUUAUAUUGACGAUUUUUUAUAAAUUACUACAUAGUAUAGGACGAUAAGAAUAGUAGUAGUGCCUGUAUAGUCAUACAAAUAAGAUAUUUUUUGAAAAGUAUUCAUAAGAACAGUUGCGUAAAGUGAUUGUUAUUGUAAUUAUACACUUGUAUUUUUUGUAAAUAUUUUAUACAUUUGUAAAAUAAAAAGGAAAAGAGGAAACAUCAA